CACAAAACCAAACAACUACAACAACAAAAACAAAAACAUCAACAUUUUGUUUUGACACUGUCCUUAGGUGUUUGUUUUAUAUCAACAUCGAAUUUAUUUAUGUAUUUCAACCCAUUCUGCCCAAUAUCAAAAGGCGUGCGAGCUUAAACCUACAAAACUUCAAUAGAAACUCAAAAAAAAAUAUUAAGAUUUACUAAUUAAAUGCGUGCGUGUGUGAGAGAGACUCUGGUUUGAUUAUUAAAGAUACACUUGAGUUUGUUAGUAUUGGUUUCGCAAGGUGUGUAUAAAACGGAAAUGAAACGCAAUCAAGAGAUGAGUAAACUUUCUUAAAACAUUCAGUUGCUGAGAAGACGUUAAACUGAACAGAACUAACGAGCGGUAGAAAGAAACGAAUUUUAAGAAACAAAGAAACGCGUCGCGUGAGUUUCUUUGUAAGAAAACAAACAAAAAAAUAAAAAAAGUUAAGCCUUUAAAAUCAAUAGAAAUAAAUUAAUUAGAAUUAAUACAACAGCGUUAAUGUGUUAAACUAAUUUCAAUAAAACGAAACAUAUAAAUAAAAUAAAAAAGAAGAAAAAAAAUUAUGUCAACUGUGACACAAUGGCUCUACAUUUUGGCAUUGCUAAUUGUGAGCUCGUGCCGUUUUGUGGAAUCAAAAGUAUUCGAACGUUGCGAAUUGGCAAAAGUGUUGAGGCAACGGCAUCGUCUUGAUCUAACGGAAGUGGCACAAUGGGUGUGUAUAGCUCAACAUUCGAGUGGUUUUAAUACAGCAGCUCAGGCCUCCAGUCCCUCGGGUGGUUCUCAUGGCCUUUUCCAAAUCAGUGAUGUCUAUUGGUGUUCUCCGCCAGGCAAAGGAGCUGGUUGUAAUCUACCUUGCCAUAAAUUAAGAGAUGAUAAUUUAAGUGAUGAUCUUACAUGUAUCAAACGCAUUUAUGAAGAACAUCAACGCAUAUCGGGUGAUGGCUUUACAGCCUGGAUUGCUUAUCAGCAGUAUUGUAAAAAUAAUGCUGCAUCAUAUAUACAAGAUUGUUUCCCCGGAGAACGUACUCAAACGACAUAUCUCACUUCAGCUAAAGGUUACAACUCCUAUAAUUCGAAAUUUUCGGGCAAUGCCAUACAGGAUUAUUCGGCUAAGAAGACUGGUAAAGUUUAUGGACGAUGUGAAUUGGCACAGGAACUAUAUCAAAAACAUAAAAUGCCUAUGGAACAAAUACCCACUUGGGUUUGUAUAGCUGAGCAUGAAUCUCGUUUUAAUACAGCGGCCGUAGGACGUUUAAAUGCUGAUGGUUCUGCCGAUCAUGGUCUUUUCCAGAUCAGUGAUCUUUACUGGUGUUCCAAUGAUCGUGGUGGCAAGGGUUGCGGUUUAUCUUGUAGUAAACUUUUGGAUAACGAUAUAACUGAUGAUGUACGUUGCAUUAAAACAAUACACAAUGAACAUACAGCUAUAUCGGGAGAUGGCUUCAAUGCCUGGGCUGUUUACAGGCCCUAUUGCCAGAAUCAACGUGUCGAGCAAAUAGCCAAGUGCUUUAAAAAUCCACCACAAAUAACGCAUCAUAGAGUACAAACCACAACAGCAGUGGGUUUAGCCACUAAUCAUGUGCAGAGCACUACUAAAUAUACAUUCAAUAAUAAUAAUCCUUUCCUGAAAAAUGUCAUUCAACAAAAACCAUCCAAAACACAUUACGCUACAUCAACAUACAACGAUAUAUACAAAGCUCCACCUCAAUCGUCUUCAUCAGCGCACAGGGGCGUUUCUCAUAAGGGUAAAAUUUAUACACGUUGCUCAUUAGCACAAGAACUCUUUUCUAAACACAACUUUCCACUGCAGGAUAUAGCUACGUGGGUGUGCAUCGCCGAACACGAAUCUCAAUUUAAUACUGCUGCCAUAGGACGCUUAAACACAGAUGGCAGUGCUGAUCAUGGACUUUUCCAGAUAAGUGAUAAAUAUUGGUGUGAGCACAGUGCUUAUGGAGGCAAAGCUUGUAAUUUAGCUUGUGAUAAAUUACUGGACGAUGAUCUAAGGGAUGAUGUGGCGUGUAUAAAAACCAUACAUGAGGAACAUACUAGAAUAUCAGGGGAUGGUUUCAAUGCUUGGACGGUGUAUAAGCCUCACUGUUUAAAUCAAAAUGUCGAACACAUUAAAACAUGUUUUGAUGCCAAAACUUUGGCCGAAGCUGAAGUCAUGGCAUCCGCUCCAAGUUAUAAUGCACCGGUAUCCAAAGGUAAAGGUAAAAUUUAUUCUAAAUGUGAGUUGGCUCAGGAAUUAUAUCAAAAACAUCAAAUGCCCAUAGAACAAAUACCCAAAUGGGUUUGUAUCGCUCAGCAUGAAUCGUCAUAUAACACAGCGGCUGUUGGUCGUCUCAACACAGAUGGUUCUGCCGAUCAUGGUCUCUUUCAAAUAAGUGAUCUUUAUUGGUGUUCACACGAACAAUAUGGUGGUAAAGCUUGUAAUAUACCCUGUAAUAAACUCUUAGAUUCUGAUAUUACAGAUGAUGUUAGAUGUAUUAAGAUAAUACAUGAGGAACAUACAAAAAUUUCGGGUGAUGGUUUUAACGCCUGGACGGUAUAUCAACCACACUGUCGUAAUAUAGGUAUGGAUCAUAUAAAACAAUGUUUUACGGAACAGGAACUGAAAAAGGUUUCCAGUAAAGUGCCUUCAUAUAAUACAAAUUCUUUAGUGCCUCAAAGUUCUGGGGGAUCUAAGCCGACAGUAAAAGGUAAAAUUUAUAAAAAAUGUGAGUUAGCUCAGGAAUUAUAUCAUAAGCAUCGCAUGCCCAUGGAACAAAUACCUAAAUGGGUGUGUAUAGCUCAACAUGAAUCGUCUUACAAUACUGCCGCUGUAGGUCGUCUUAAUACGGAUGGCUCGGCUGAUCACGGUCUCUUCCAAAUAAGUGAUUUAUAUUGGUGCACUCAUGAUCAAUAUGGAGGUAAAGCUUGUAAUAUACCCUGUGACAAACUGUUGGACUCAGAUAUAACUGACGAUGUUAGAUGUAUUAAAAUUAUACAUGAGGAGCAUACAAGAAUCUCUGGGGAUGGUUUUAAUGCCUGGACUGUAUACAAACCUCAUUGUCAUAAUAUAGCUAUAAGUCACGUUAAGGAAUGUUUUACCGAAAAGGAACUAAAUAGUGUACAGACAUCAGUGACCACAAAUGCCUUAAUUCCUCAACCUUCGUUUGUCUCAAAACCAGCACCAAAAGGUAAAAUUUAUAAGAAAUGUGAGUUAGCUCAGGAAUUAUAUCACAAGCAUCGUAUGCCCAUGGAACAAAUACCCAAAUGGGUGUGUAUAGCUCAACAUGAAUCGUCUUACAAUACUGCUGCAGUUGGUCGUCUAAAUACGGAUGGUUCAGCUGAUCAUGGUCUCUUCCAAAUAAGUGAUCUUUAUUGGUGCACACACGAUCAGUACGGUGGUAAAGCUUGCAAUAUACCUUGUGAUAAACUUCUAGAUUCCGACAUCACUGAUGACGUUCGCUGCAUUAAAAUUAUACAUGAGGAGCAUACUAGGAUCUCUGGGGACGGUUUCAAUGCUUGGACAGUAUACAAGCCACAUUGUCGUAAUAUCGCUAUAAGUCAUGUGAAGGAAUGUUUUACAGACAAAGAACUAAAUAGUGUACAGACAUCAGUGACCACAAAUGCCUUAAUUCCUCAAACUUCAUUUGACUCAAAACCAGCUCCAAAAGGUAAAAUUUAUAAAAAAUGUGAGCUAGCUCAGGAAUUGUAUCACAAACAUCGCAUGCCCAUGGAACAAAUACCCAAAUGGGUGUGUAUAGCCCAACAUGAGUCCUCAUAUAAUACAGCUGCUGUUGGUCGUCUUAAUACUGAUGGCUCGGCAGAUCAUGGUCUCUUCCAAAUAAGUGAUCUUUAUUGGUGCACUCACGAUCAGUACGGAGGUAAAGCUUGUAAUAUACCCUGCGAUAAACUUCUCGACUCUGACAUAACUGAUGAUGUUCGCUGCAUUAAAAUUAUACAUGAGGAACAUACAAGAAUCUCAGGGGAUGGUUUCAAUGCUUGGACAGUAUACAAGCCACAUUGUCGUAAUAUCGCUAUAAGUCAUGUGAAGGAAUGUUUUACCGAAAAAGAACUAAAUAGUGUUCAGACUUCAGUGACCACAAAUGCCUUAAUUCCUCAAACUUCAUUUGGCUCAAAACCAGCUCCAAAGGGUAAAAUUUAUAAAAAAUGUGAGCUAGCUCAGGAAUUAUAUCAUAAGCAUCGUAUGCCCAUGGAACAAAUACCCAAAUGGGUGUGUAUAGCUCAACAUGAAUCGUCUUACAAUACUGCUGCAGUUGGUCGUCUUAAUACCGAUGGUUCGGCAGAUCAUGGUCUCUUUCAAAUAAGUGAUCUAUAUUGGUGCACUCACGAUCAGUACGGCGGUAAAGCUUGUAAUAUACCUUGCGAUAAACUUCUGGACUCUGACAUAACUGAUGAUGUACGCUGCAUUAAAAUUAUACAUGAGGAACAUACAAGAAUCUCAGGGGAUGGCUUUAAUGCUUGGACAGUAUACAAACCACAUUGUCGUAACACGGGUAUGAGUCACAUCAAAGAUUGUUUUACCGAAAAAGAACUCAAAGAAGCCAAUAUACCUAGUACCAGCUCCAUAGAUACCCCAUACACACAGACAACAAAGAACGUGGGAAAAGGUAAAAUUUAUAAGAAAUGUGAAUUAGCCCAGGAACUUUUAAGUAAACAUAAAAUGCCCAUGGAACAAAUACCCACUUGGGUGUGUAUAGCUCAACAUGAGUCUUCUUUUAAUACGGCUGCUGUUGGUCGCCUUAAUGCAGAUGGCUCCCUGGAUCAUGGUCUCUUUCAAAUUAGCGAUCUUUAUUGGUGUUCGCAUGAUCAAUAUGGCGGUAAAGCGUGUAAUAUACCUUGUGAAAAACUAUUAGAUUCGGAUAUAAAAGAUGAUGUUAAAUGUAUAAAAAUUAUACAUGAGGAACACACCCGAAUCUCAGGAGAUGGUUUUAAUGCGUGGACAGUUUAUAAACCGCAUUGUCGCAAUCGUAAAAUGGAAGAGAUUCGUUCAUGUUUUACACCCAAUCAAAUAGAAGAAUUUGACAAGAAGACAACAUUUGCUAAUAAACCCAAUAAAAUUCAGUCAUCAGCGGCAGCAACAUCUUAUAGCCAUAAUCCAUUUUUGAGUGGAGCUUUUAAAACACAACCAGUUCAAACUACACGAAAACCGGCAAUCAACCAAAAUUCCAAAUUCUCUACUAAUAAUAAGCCAAACUAUGCUAAUAAUCCAUUUUUACAAAACAUUAAAGUAUCCAGCGGAAGUGAGGUACACAAAGCAGUAGUAGCUUCUAGUUUCACUAACCAGCAGUUGGAGGUAACAGCAAAACCGAAUUAUAAGGACAAUCCUUUCCUCAACGGAGCCUUUAGUAGCUCUAACAGCAAUAAUUUUAUAACGAAACCUGUUGAAUUAAUAAAUGAAUUGGAUUCUUUCAAAACUAAUCCAUUCCUUAGCGGCAGUCUUAUAUUGUCUACCACAGUUAAACCUACACAGUCCUCUGUGCAGAAUAAUCCAUUUUUGCAAACAACACCGUCUUACAAACCUGAGAUUACCAAAAACUAUUUAAAUAGCAAUGACUUUAGAACUACCACCACUGUUAAGCCCAAAACUACAGCUGCAAAACCCUCUACCACAACCAUGAAACCGACCACAUCAUGGAAUAGCUACAGUACCAUAAAAACUACUACUAAAAAACCUGCAACAACAACUACUAGAAAGGCUACAACUACUAACAAACCAACAACUUCAUGGAAUAGUUAUAGCACUACAAAACCCAGUACAACAACUACACGUAAAACUAUAACUCAAAAAGCCACUGCCCCAAGAACUACAACUACUAAGAAGACAGCAAUUAUCACUACCACUAGAAGAACGACGACCACAACAACUGCUAAAAAGCCUACCACUACAUCAUGGACUACAAAAUCACCUAAAACUGCAACUACUUGGAGUUGGCAAAAUCAGAAAUCUACCUCAAAAGUACCGAAAAUUUCAACAACCUGGAAUUGGCAGAAUCAAAAGUAUAUAAGCUCCACCACUGCUAAACCAGCUAGAACUAUCACCACUUGGAGCUGGCAAAAUCAAAAAUAUACCCAUAAUAAUACAUUAAGUCAAGCUACUACAAAUUUGAACAUAGUUAAAGAGCAAACUACCCGAACUACAACUAUUAAACCCGAGAGAACCACUUGGAAUUGGAGAAAUGAACAAAAAUCCACAACCUUAAAACCCAAAACAACCACAGAAAACUGGAGAAAAUGGGACAAAACUACAAAUAAGAGUACCACCAAAAAACCUUUUGCCACUGCCACAACCACAAGAAAAACUACAACGAAAGUCACUACAACAAAUCCAACCACCUUCAGAACUACAAAAACUACCACUACAAAACCAACCACAGCCAAAACCACAAAACGUUUAGAAAACUUCAAAAUUACAACUACAAAGCCACAAGUAACAAGUCCUAACUACACUACUAAUAACCUCAAAACCACAACUCUUAGACCUCGAUCCACCACACUACAAAAAACUUCUUUAACCACCACAACAACAACUACACGAAAACCUUUAAUAACAAAAUCUCAAAAUAAUGUCGAUUACAACAAGUUCAAAAAUGAUCCAUUCAGUCAUCCAUUCUUUGCUAAAGUUAAUGAACAAUUUAAACAACUACAAGGCAACAUAACAACUACAAAACGUCCUACAUUUGCAGCUACAAAACUGCAAAAUUUUUCGCAAUCCUCACUCUAUCAGGACUUUAAAAAUAAUACUUUAAAUAAAACUAAAACUAUUGUAGCUUAUAAUUUUGAAGGGUCCAAAUUGACCACAACCACAAAACGACCCAGAUUCUAAGCUACAUAUUAUAUGAUUUACUUAUUGUGAUUUUGUUUGUUAAAAUUGUUUUCUUUGUUAUAAAAUUGUUGUUGAAUUUACUUGUUUUUGUAAUUUUGUUUUCUAAAAUUUUAUUUUUUUGGUUUAUGAAAAGUACUGCCAUUAAGUAUGUGAUUAAUUCUAAUUUUCUAGUUAUUAAGUUUAGUUUUCUUUAGCCUAGACAAAUUUAUAAGCCGAUAUUAAUAGAAAAUAAAUUAACUAUUUAAUU